AUGUCGAAGCAGGCAGCAGCCACGGGAAGGGAAGGGGAGGAGGAGGAGGCUGCGGGGAAGAAGAAGGGAGCUCGCAAGGGGCGGAAGCAGGUCGUGAUUGAUGAAGAUCAGAUGAAACAGGAGCUCCAAGGCGUCGACAUCCUGAAGCUCGGAAAGGCAGAGGUAAAGAAGUUGGAGGAAGAAGGAGAUCACCAUGAUCACCAUGCUGACCAUGACGAACAUCAGCAGCCGUCAGGCGGAUUGAUUGUCAGCAUGCUCUCUUUCUUCCUUCGGCGCGAACCGGAGGCAGCAUUGCCAUGGCAGAUAUCAAGGAGAGAGGAGAUCGAAUCCUUGAUUGCUUCCAAGUCGUCAUGGUUGAUCAAGGCGUUUGGACAGAAGUACUGGUACAGCAAGAACACCAACACCAAGAUCCAGUACUGGGGCGAAACUACCAUCGAUGGCCAGAGAGUGAACAGGGGCAUCUGCGCAUGGCCAGACCCGCCGCUAGGAGGAGGAGAGAGCUACUACGGGCUGUGGAUGCAUGACCUGCCCGACAACUACGGGGUUUUCUGUUGGUUCGAUGGGGACUGCUACCUGGGGCAGUGGCACCACGGCAAGAUGGAGGGGUACGGGGUGUACGUGUACGGGAAGAAGAGUCCCUACGCGUCUCAUCGGUACGAGGGCUCCUACCAUGCCGGGAGGCGGCAGGGGACGGGGAUCUACAUGUACAACUCCAAGGAGAAAGGAGUGUACAUCGGAGAAUGGCUGCGGGGACAGAUGAACGGGCUGGGGAUCUUGCUCUACGUGGACGACGAGUACUACAUCGGUGGAUGGUUCAAAGACCAGAAGCACGGGCUGGGGGUUUACCAGUGGGGUCAGUCCCAUGGCGCGGCGGCAGGAGACAAGUAUGAGGGGUACUUCAAGCUCGGGAAGGCGCAUGGGAACGGGAAGACCACUUAUCAGGACGGGGGUGGCAUAUGCCUUGGGGACGGGGCGCGGGAGGUUCAGAUCUACAACAUGGGGGAGUACAAAGGUUCGAGGGAGUACGACUUGUCGAAGGACUGGUCAGAGCUGGAGGCAGCGGGGGAGAUCUCAGCUCGAGAAGGCGGCAACGCAGCUCGGAUGGCACGAGAGAACAUCGGACGGGUGACAGAGAUCGGGAGGCGAGCUAAGAUCUCCCAACGGCUCGCCCAGCAUCAUGCGAGGGAGGCCAAAUUCUUCGCCAAGGCCUCCAUAAGGUAUCGCAAGUUCCGAGAAGCCUGGAUGGGGUUGAAGAAGUACAUCGUGAUAGACGAGGACUAG